AUGACUUCGAAAGCUGGUAUUGUUGAUCGCCAGUGCAAAAGAACCUGUGAUCGAUUCUCCUUGUUUGAUCAGAAAAUAGCGGUUGAAAAACUCACUGGACUAACCCUUUUGGCUGAAAGCGUUGAUUCUGCGAACUCUAUGUUGCCUGCCUCCCUCGCUUCGCCAACGGAGCCUUUGUAUUCGAACUAUGUCUCUUCACAAGAUAAAUUCAUUUGCCAGAUUUGUGGCGUGGACUUGUUAGACGGUUCGAGGAUGAGGAAACACUUCAGGACAGAAUGGCAUCUGUGUAACGUGAACCGAAUUCGAACCAACCAACUCACUCUCUCGCUAGCGGACUUCAACCUUAUCAGUACCACUAACCCGACGGAGCUUAGAUCUGUUCAGAAUGAGCUAAAUGACACGGCCGGAACGGAGCAACUGGGUUCCUCAUCUGACCCGCCGCCACUGACUGCUUCCUCUCACAAACAGAUGAUCUAUUUUCGGAACAAGUGUGGCGAAAUUGUCGGGAUUCACCGGUGCAUCCUGUUUACACCAAAAAGUUUGCCGAAAACUUUGGAUGAGUUGUUAUCCUGUAUCACUCGAGUCCGCCAGAGCCGUCGUUGGGCCAUCCUUCUCUACUCCGGUGGGAAGUUUGCCGGUGGAAUCUUUGACGGAACUUCUGAAGUCGUUCACAAAACGCUACAACACUACACGGUACGUGCCAAACAGGGCGGCGGUCAGGCCUCGUUUGAUGCAAGUAACUUUGGCGGAAUGGCUGGUGCCAAAUCAGCCGGUGCUAGUCUCCGGCGCCAUGGUGAGAUGGCCAUACGAAAUGACAUUAGUAACUUGCUUCACAAUCGAUGGCGCGCUCACCUACAGGCUUGCCAGCUUAUCUUCCUUUGGUCUCCCAAAGUACAUCGAAACAUAUUCUUCAACCCACCUGACACGGUUUUGGACGUCCCGAAAGAAUCCACUUGUGAAGGAGACCCCAGUUCUGCUCCCGCACCCGACCCACAAUCGGCAGCCGCAUGUCAGGCAAGAUUAGGCAUGACCGCUGAUGAUCCCCGCAUUCAUCGAGUGCCUUGCCGGACCAAGCACAUCACCUAUUCACAGGUGAAAGAAAUCCACAAAGAGUUAUCCACAUUUGAUGUUUACGAUGAGCACGCGAAUUUGGAGUUCUUGGCCCAGUCAGAACGGAAACAGCUACGGCGUCUGAGUGAGAGUGGGGAUGACACACUCGUGCAGACGCGAUCUGGGAGGUUCAUUUUGGCUCCAAUACAAGUACUUGCUGCGAGAGACUCUCGGUCGUUUUCAUCCCCGUCGGAGCUUUCGGAUUCCGACGAGGCUUCCUCCAGUUCAGACAGCCCAUCGGACAAAAUGUCUGAGGCUGGAAACCUGUCUUUCGAAGGCCAAAAGUCCCCAGCUGAUCGGCUUGAGGACGGGGCAAAGAAGACCGAAGAAACUACCGAUGCUCAGAGAAAAAGCUUUGAAGAACUCUACUCGUCCUAUCAGGCAUGGCAUCGUCGCCUGCGAGUGGCUGUCGCAUCUGGAGAUUACUCCGUUGUCCAAAGUUUGUUGCCACCAGUGCACACGCUGGCUCAAGGCGCGCAGUUCGACUUGAUUACCACAGAUUCGACCAACUCACCCUCAGCUGCAGGUCGAAGCCCCACAACUGAUGGUUCGAUUCCUCCCCCGGACAUUUGUCUACGACUACUGAAUCACUCGCUAGCCGAGGGUCGUACACUUCUCCACGUGGCUGUUGAAUUUCAAAAUGAACCGGACGUGCUCACUCUGCUGCUCGAAAGUGGGUGUGAUCCGGCUCUGCUCGACUCAGAGGGAACAAGUCCAUAUGGGUUCGCCUCCAGACUGCACAAAAAACCACUGACCAACGCGUUCCGACGAUUUCGGUUCUUUCAUCCAGAUCGCUACGACUAUGCGAAAGCCCAAAUUCCCGCUCCAUUGGAUCCCGCAAAGGAGAAGGCCAAAGCGGAACGGGACCGCGAGCGCUUGCGGAAACAGAGGCAGCGCGCAAAGGAGAAAAAGGCUGUGGAGCGUGCGGAGCUGUUGAAGCAGAAAGAAGAGGAGGCCGAAAGACAACGCUUUAUGGCGUUAUCCGACCGGGAAAAGCGUGCAUUGGUCGCCGAACGCCGUAUUUUGGCUUCGAAAUCCGAUGUUGCGGGAAACGGGCCCACACAGCAACAAGUCUUUAGGUGAGUUACUCUGAUUGUUUCUGUCAUCGAAGUCAACAACAUUUGAGAAACUGGUCACCUCUGGUUGCAGUUGGAGUCACGGUCCAUCACGUGACAUGUAUUCCACAGGAAUAUCCGUAAACUGUGUAUACUGAGCGUCGUUUAUAGCGCUGUUUGUUGACAUGGGUCAUGCAGCUUCACCCUACAGUCGUCCGAUGCGUGUGUGUUCCCAUUGGUUCUCUCUCUUUGCUUUCCACUGGGGGGAGUUGUGUGUAUCUG